UCCUCGUUCUUCUCCCUCACCCUAGCAUUUGCCUCGGAACACGGCCUCGGCUGGUUCUGUUAAAGCAUCUGUCACCCUCUCUGUGCUUUUCUCGCCAAUCUUCGGUCUUUGCCAAAGGGAUACGGCUUAUAGCUGAUUCCCUUACAACAUAGCCAGAAAGGAAAUGUCGCGUCUCUUCAACAAGGCAGGCUCUUUCGUGAAAUUAUCAGUCAAGGCCAUCAAAUAUCAUGGCUUUGAUGAAGACAUCGCGAUGGCCAACCAAAUCGUGACUGAUCCUGCAAUCAGUCUGUCCCUGUCUUCGUCAUUCCUGAAGGUCCGCCAGGGUGUCUCUAAGAACGACGGGCGUGAAUACUCUUACUAGAGUGUCACUUUUCACAUUGCUCAAAUGACAAUCGUCUCACUUGACAAGAAUAAAGACGAGCUCGUCUACACCUUCAAGUCCGACUCCGACAUCAAGGGCGAAGCCGAAACUGCUAACCGGAGCGUUCUCCCAGAGCCAAGUAAGUACCCACUUGCAUUGGUAAGACUGCUCAACAAGGUAAUUGUUAUUACCAUGGGUUUGCCAUACCACAAGAUUUGGGGAAAGCAUGCCGAUCUGAUUUGCCAGGCCCUGGAGGGCGGCAGACUCUCCCUUUCUCAAGGGGAAAAUGAAUACAUCAAGCUCAACCACACAGCCAUAAACGAGGAGGCCAAGGAAGAGAACAAGUGCCUGGCUGAGCGCGGAUGCAAAGUAAAGGCAGUCGCAGUUGCGGACUGGAUUCUCCUGGGAAUUUGGCCUCAGGAAGAUCGUCCGUUUCGCCUCUACCGAGGCUGCACCUUGGUUCUGCGUGGGAAGAAAUUUUUCGACAAGGAACAGGCCAAGGGUUAUAUGAUUCCCGGUGAGAAGGGGGCUCCGGAAGACUGGAUGGCCUCAGUGACUGGAGAAUCUCUAAAAUGGAGAUCCUUGAUCGAUGCUCCUGUGCAGGCCAUUCUGAAAAACAAUGUCGACACAAAGCUUGUCGAUCAAAUCCAGGAGGACGACGCUAAGGUCCAUCCUGUGUCCAACCAUGUGGUCCAGAUCGCGAUGCUGCAAGCGACGAGGAAGCUCUCCGAACAUUGGGGCGAAGAAAACUUCGACAUAAUGUGUCAAGAGUUUGAAGCGCAUGGCGCUACAAUCCCCAGUGGAAGUAAUAAAAAGCUUCCACUGGCCUCCAUGUUCCUCGCCUCUACCCCGCGAGUGAACACACAUGAUCCUUUGAUCAGCUCCCCCACGGAUCUCAGUACCCUUGUGCCGACGAAAAAGUGGGGUCUCAACGAAGCACAGCUCCAGGCAACUACCCAGUUGCUUACACACUCUUUCUCCCUCGUGGUUGGACCUCCGGGUACAGGCAAAACGCGAACGAUUGCAGCAGCCACAAUGUUUAUUACGCAGGUCCUGCGCCAUGAGUCGAUUUCCGGCCGGGUGAAAAACGCCUUUGAGGAGUUCAACCAGCAACGGCGCGAGCUUAUCAAAGCCGUUAUGCGAGACGUUCGUGUUGUGGUCACCCUGCCACUAAAUUGCAAGGAGAUGCUCCGACGCGAAUUCAACCCCCAAUUCAAAUACCAUCAAACGCUCCUAAAUAUCUCGUACAGGUCUCACCAUAUCAUAUACCACUCGACCUCAGCGGCCUAUUACAAGGGCAAAGUCCGCACAGUCCGCGACAGGCCCUCCACCAACGUUUGCCAGGAAAAUCCUCUGCUGGUCACGUUGGGCAAUGAAACCUGGACUCUGCCAGGCCUAUCCCACUUCCUCCAUCUCGCGCAUGUCAGCAAUGACACCAAGAAGGAUUUCUCUGGAUCCUUGUACCACCCGCGGGAAGCCGAGCUGGGGAUCGCAUUGGCUCGAAGCCUCAUUGACAGAGGGUUUCGCGAUGUCCUUAUUAUAUCACCAUAUAAGGCCCAGGUUGCCUUGGUGAAGAAAUUAUGGGAGCAGAGGUAUCCCAACGCAAUGCCAAUCCCGAGAGCCCAGACCGUUGACGCUUCCCAAGGGUCAGAAGCUCCGGCCGUGAUCGUCCUGAUCACGCGCAAUUUUGGCUCCGCCGGCUUCCUCCAAUCGACAAAGCGGACCAAUCUCAUGCUGUCUAGAGCUCGCACUGCCCAGUAUGUUGUGGGGAAUUGGGCCUGGGUUGGCGGUAAGAGCUUCAAAGAUGGGGGCAAAUUCCACGCCUACUCAGAUGACGCGGAUAAGGUCUUGGACAAGCGGACUGAAUACUCCGUCUCUCCAAAAUUAGUCUAG